UUGAAAAUGGCAAUUUUUUGGUUUUGAAUUGAAUUGAAAAAUCCAAAAAUGAUCAAUCAUCAUUCAAUGUUACUGGUUUAUUCAAUCAAUUUGAUAGUGAUAGUGAUGGCACAGCCAAAUGAUCGCAUCCUAUUGGAAAAUAUUGAUGCAUUGACAUUCGAGUCUGAUCGAUUAGCCAAAACAAGGCGAAAUCAAAAAAUUCCACAAUUAAAAUGUAUUGGGGGUGGCAAUUGUAACCGUGUUAAACUAGAAGUGGCGCAAUGUUUUAAUGUUGGAUCCAAUCAAUCUAUCGAAUGGGAAUGCAGAGGUGAUAUGCCUUCCAAAUAUAAACUGGUACAAGUAAAUAUGUCAUGUGAAGGUUAUGAUUCACCUCAAGAUCAAUAUAUUUUGGCUGAUUCAUGUGCUCUACAAUAUUCCAUUGCAAAACGUUCCGAUGCUGUCGAUGAUGAUGAUGAUGAUGAUAAUAAUAAUAAUGAUAAUGAUGAUAAUGAAAUUUCGAGCAUAACCAUCACUAUAAUGGUUGCACUGUUCAUAUUAUUGUUUGGUUGUUGUCUUUGUUAUAGAACAAAUCCGAAUCCAAAUGUCAAACCAGCCCAACCAAAGUCAUUAGAACGAUCAAAGAGUGAUAGAAAAGGACAAAAUUCCUCUGAAUCAUUUGGAGGUAGUGUUAUGGGUUCAAAUCAAAAUGCAACCAUAUCACCCAAUUCAAAUAUUGAUAGAACAUCAUCCCUUAGUUUAUCAUUGCAAUAAAGCGUUGUGGUGGGGGUAGUGAGAAACAAUGCAUCGAAAAACUUGAUUAAUUGCAUUAUUUGCUAAUGAAUCAUAAUCAAUUCUAAUCGAAUA